AUGAGCUCCAGUUCGAAUCCACCGGAUUGUUCUCCGGAUAAGGAGGAAAGAAGCGAAAUGAGAAUUGAGAUUCAGUGUAUGGAGAAUAAGCAACCAACACCUGCUUCUUGCUCUUCUGCAUCCGAAGGCAGUGCCAAUUGCUUCCUUAAGUCACCUGAAAUCACAACUCCUGCCACAGCAUCCCCAACUCAAAGAAGGACUAGUGGCCCUAUGAGGCGAGCAAAAGGUGGUUGGACUCCACAGGAGGAUGAGACACUGCGACAAGCAGUGGACAAGUAUAAGGGCAAGAGGUGGAAGAAAGUAGCGGAAUUUUUCACAGAUAGAACAGAAGUCCAAUGCUUGCACCGGUGGCAGAAAGUUAUUAAUCCUGCGCUUCUUAAAGGACCUUGGACUCGAGAGGAAGAUGAUAAGAUUGUUGAACUUGUGGGAAAGUAUGGACCGGCCAAAUGGUCUGUUAUCGCAGGGUCUUUACCAGGUCGUAUCGGGAAGCAAUGUAGAGAAAGGUGGCACAACCAUCUAAAUCCUGAUAUUAGAAAAGAUGCUUGGACUAGAGAAGAAGAAUCAGCCCUCAUGGAUGCUCAUCGAAUUCACGGAAACAAAUGGGCUGAAAUUGCUAAAGUCUUGCCUGGAAGGACGGAUAACGCGAUUAAGAAUCACUGGAAUAGUUCGUUGAAGAAAAAGUUGGAGUUCUAUAUAGCUACAGGAAACUUGCCACCACCAGCAACCAAAUUCGGCGUUCCCAAUGAUUUUGCCGAUGGAGACGGAGAUUCCAAGCAGAAUAUUGCAACUAAGCGUUUAAAGGAAUCUGAUUCCGUAUCCGAAACUUCUUCAGCAAGUACGGAUACAGAUGAAGAUGGAAGAGAGCAUAUAAACUCAUCUCCAGCUGUGCUUGAAGAAGUAGCUGCUUCACGAAGAACCAGUGUUGAAGAGUAUGCUUGUUCUCCAGCUUCUGUUGAGUACAAGCCUCAGUUGCCUAACUUGGGACCAGUUUCAGAAAAAGCCGGAAUCAACUCAAAAGCUUCUGUCGAAAGAUCGAUCCAAAGGAAUGAAGAAAAUGGUUUUGGAACUCCGAAGCAUGGUAGUUUGUGCUAUAAGUCUCCACUGGACCUUUACUUUCCAGCAGAAUCGGAUCUGCAACGUAUGUACGGAUACGAAUGUGGCUGCAGUCCCAGUGCUGCAUCACCGGUUAGCUUGAUGACUCCACCGUGUAAUAAGGACAGUGGCUUAACUGCAACAAGAAGCCCUGAAUCUUUCCUGAGAGAAGCUGCUAGGACUUUUCCAAACACGCCUUCUAUCUAUAGGAAAAGGCGAAAGGUUGUUUCGGAGAAGAAAACAGAUGAUGAGGUUGAUAAUGGUGUGACUAAGGAAGCUGAUCAGAAAGAAAACAGUAAAGACAGUUCAGAGAUUUCUCCAGUUCGGAAAGAAGGUUUGUUGCUAAAGAUUGUUGAUGAUCGUGGAGACGCUGAGAAAUUCGGGUCAAAUGGGAACACUUUCAAUGUCUCUCCGCCGUAUCGCUUAAGAGCUAAAAGAACAGCUGUGUUCAAAUCAAGACAGCUUGAGUUUACAUCUGUGAAAGAGAAUAGUGAAACCGAAACAUCCGAGUUAGCAUAG